AUGCAAAAUAAUUUUAAUAACGAGAUUAAUAAUAUUCCCGUAUUUAUAUACGGACUUCUGGAAGAAGACGAGAGACGAAAUUACAUGGGAAUUUAUCGGAAGCAGUUGCGAGAUUCUCAAAAUCCAUUCGAAAUGCCAGAAGUCGAGUUUAUAAAAACAUUUCGCUUAAACCAAGAUUUGACAAGAAUUUUAAUUGAAUGGCUGGAACCCCACGCUGGAAUUCGGCGAAGAACAACAAAACUGCCCUUUUACUUAGAAGUAUUAGCUACCCUUAACUUUUUGGGUACCGGCUCUUACCAGCAUAGUGUGGGAUCUUGCACAUGGGUUGCAAUGAGCCAACCGGCUAUUAGCCGAUCCUUAAAAAAAGUUUGUAGACUCGUUACGGGGUUAUUGAUGCCAGAGUGGAUAAAGUUUCCAACAACAAUGGAAGAGAAGACGGCAAUUAAGGGUGGAUUCUAUGAGAAAUUUGGGUUUCGUGGUGCUAUUGGGUGCAUUGACGGUACCCAUGUCGAAAUAAUAACUCCGCCUAUAACUGACGUAGAUCACCCGCCACAUGUAUAUAUCGAUAGAAAUGGGGUACACAGCAUUAACGUUAUGCUAAUUUGUGACUCCAAUUGCAAAAUUUUGGCCUGUGACGCUAGAUUUCCUGGUUCCGUUCACGAUUCAGCGAUCUUCAGGGUUUCAGAUAUUCGGAAUCAUUUGCGAAUGUGUUUUGAAAAUGGCGAUGAUACCUCGUGGCUUAUUGGAGAUAGUGGAUAUGGGCAAGAACCAUGGUUGUUCACACCUAUUCCUGUUGUUGCCCCAGGAUCGCCACAAGAAAGGUACAACCAGUUACUGCGUUCCACUCGAAAUCCUAUAGAACGCACUAACGGCAUGCUAAAGGGUCGCUUUAGAUGUCUAAUAAAGCAUCGAGUUCUACAUUUUCAUCCAGUACAGGCUGCCUAUAUAAUAUAUGCUGCAAGCACAUUACACAAUAUAGCUCUGUGGGCGAAUUUGGCUUUGGAGGAAGAUGAAAUAGUGGUAGAAAACGACGAAGGCAACGGUGAUAACGCUGUUGGGAUUGUAGAACCAGAGCAGAAUUGUUUUAAUUUAGGACGAGCUGCCCGUGAAAAUUAUAUAAGAAGAAAUAUAAUACAAUAA